AUGGAUGUUCCUCUCAAGAAAAAGAGCUACAUUCAAAAAUAUAGGACUGAAUGGGAGAAUGACGAAGACUUUAAACAGUGGAUAAAGCCAAUAGCGGAUAGUCCAACGAAAGCCUUUUGCAAGUAUUGUCAUGUAGAAAUUGCUGCCAAAAUUUAUGAUUUACGUAAGCACAGAGAAUCUAAAAAACACAAAGCAAAAUGUGAAUUAAUCACAAAAAAUAAACAGAUCCAGUUUACCUCUACACCUGAUGAUGGUUCAAAGAACAGUCAAAAAGCUGAAGGCCAGCUUGCCUUGUUCAUUGCUGAACAUACUUCCAUAUCCAACACUGACCACCUUACAGACCUUUGUAAAGAAGUUUUUCAUGAUUCAAAGUGUGCCAAAGAUAUAAAAAUGCAUAGAACUAAAUGUACGCAAGUUAUAAAUCAAGUGCUGGCGCCGCAUUUUAAGGAUACUCUUCUAAAAGAUAUUGGCACGCAGAAAUAUAGUAUUAUUUUAGAUGAAUCUACGGAUGUUAGCGUCUCAAAAUACAUGGGAAUAAUAAUACGAUAUUUUAGCCUGAAUACGAAUAAUAUUGUGUCAUCAUUUCUGUCUCUGGAGCCUAUUGAAAGAGCUGAUGCGAGAGGUAUUGUCACAUCUUUAGUAAAAUGUUUGGAGUCACAAAGUCUUCCAAUACAAAAUUUGAUUGGGAUCGGCACCGACAAUGCCUCGGUCAUGACGGGCCGAAAUAACAGCGUAAUUGAAAUUUUGAAGAGAGAAAAUAAUUUACCAAAUUUGAUCCUCAUUAGAUGCAUCUGCCACUCUUUGCAAUUGGCGGUCAGCCAUGCGUCUGAAAGCAAUCUGCCACGUAACAUAGAAUUUCUGAUAAGAGAGACGUACAACUGGUUCUCCAUUUCUCCAAAACGCCGAGACGAAUAUAAAGCGCUGUUUCAAACAAUUAACUGCGGGGAUGAACCAUUAAAAAUAUUAAAGGUUUGUGACACCCGUUGGUUAUCAAUAGAGCCUGCUGUGUUGAGAAUAUUGGCACAAUGGAACGAGUUAAAACUACAUUUUUCUUUGGCCAGAGAGAAGUGCUAUACAGCGGGACUUCUUUGGGAAAUGUACAAUGACGAGGGUAAUCGUCUUUACUUAUGUUUUUUGAAAAGUAUUCUUCACGACGUUCAAAUUGGCAUUAAGGUAUUUGAAGGUGAAAAUAUUGAUCCUGUCAAACUGUUAGAAACUCUGAUGACCUUGUUACGAUCUGUCUGCGUUAGAAUAAUAAUACCAGGCGCCGCGACAACAGACAAAGAUUUCCUCACUAUCAAAGUAGAAGAUCAUCUAGAUCCAGUUGCACAUUUGGGACAUCUUUUCGAAUCUCAUGCCAGUAAUAGCAACUUAUCUCCGCAAGCAAUUUCUAAUAUCAAAAAACGAUGCAUCGACUUCAGUGUCAAGUUGGUACAAGAAAUUCAGAACAGAAUACCUUCUAAUUACGAGAUCCUAGCAAAAGUAACACUCUUAAGUCCAGAGAACACAUUAAAACAGAUCAAGGAUCCUCAUGCACUGGUUGGAUUAGCAAGAGAAUUGGGAUUCGAUGACCAAAAGACAGAUAAAAUUGUUCAACAAUGGAAAACUAUACAAUUACACCCAUAG